GCCUUAAUUAUUCAAUAUUUCUUCGAAAUAAUCGCAAAUAAAUUUAUCGUUGGUGAAUGACAGUUCUGUAUGCGGUGCAACAAAUGUGUGUCAUUUCGCACUGUGACGCCAUCUCGUCCUAUUUUAUUGGUGAGCUCUUCCUGCGUGCGCCAUCGUGUGUUAGUUUGCGUUCAGCCGUGAAACAAAAUAAUGGGUUAAAACGGCCCUCCGAACCUAGCUGAGAUAUGGGUUCAGAUCAACUUUGCGUAUUAUGUUUCUUACUCAUAUUUUUAUCUUGGCUCUAGAAUUGGAAAUGGUGUUUGCAAUUAAGAGCAACACAAAUAUUACAUCAAAAGGUAUCUUAGAUAUCAGGGGACGCCGGGCAUUUAUAGCAAAUUGCUGUUCAAAUCGAUAUUGUAAAGACUUGAACAAGAAUUUGAAAUUGGAGGCUCCAAAGAACUCGACAAAUAAGCAGAAGGUGGUGGCUAAGAAGAAGAAAAAUAUUCAAAUCCGCCCUAACGUGUUAACCAUUCGGAGGCCGCCAAAGGUUGUAUUUGUUGCUGUUGGUCGGCCGGCUAAAAGAAGAACGGAACCACUUGAAACGAUGCCCACUCGAAAGAUGGCGAAGGGAUCAAAAACGACUAAAAGGACAACCCUGACCAGCACAAAACGGCGAAGGACAACCCUAUCUAACGAUUACUAUUACGACGACACCACGAAAACUACUAGAAGGCGUCGAACUACCACACCUGCUUACGAAUACUAUGACGACACGACAACCCGCAGACGACGUCGCCGUACCUCAACCACCAGACGCCGUCGAAGGACGACCAAGAUAGGUUCAAAUCCAGAUGUUGACUAUGUGGAGGCAAUGACGGUGCCACCUGGAUCGUACACCAAGAGCGAUGAAUAUUACGACGACCCCACGACCCGCCGGAGGCGAAGCACCGCGAAGCCAACAACACUUGGAGUUUCUACGAUCAUCACGACUGUUCCAGUAAUUGAAACUACAGCAUCUUUGACAUCCCCAGUCAGUACCGUCACAACUAUUGAGGGUAAAACGACUGAAACUGAAGCAGCUACGACAACAGCAAAGAGACCUGAAACCACUCGCAUGCCGACUACUAAAUUAACAGUUUUGGAUGAAGAAGAAGAUGAAACAGAUGUAGGAACAACGGCAAGGCCUUCUCAGAAAACAACUAAAACUACAAAAAGGACUGCCACAACCACGGAUGAGCCAGAUGAUGGAGAGGAUUAUGAGGAAGAUGAAGACAGUGAAGACACUUUAACUACCACUAAGGUGAAAUCAACUUCUACCACCGUGAAGACCACCACCACUGGUGCGGACGAUGAAGUACUCGGGGAUGACGAAACAACACCCAAAGCGACAGUUAAAGCCACUACUACAAAAUUAAUCACCACAAGUAGCAGUGACGAUUUUCCCGAUGAAGAGACUGCUACGGUUAAAGCGAGUACAAAAACCACUGCGACAGAUGAAUUAGACCAGCAAGAAACGACAAAAAAGAUUGCGAAAACAACAGCUACCACUAAAAAUACCAACGAUGAGCUUGACAUUGAAUUAGGACAAGGCAAAGAAACGACUGUAACAACAACAAAAGCAACAGAAAAGCAAACAAGUAGUUCUGAGAAUGAAAUAUUUGGUGGUCUGGAAGAUGCCAGCACGGUAAAAGCAACAGAAGGGACAACAACAACAACAACAACAACAACAGCAAAAAGUGACGAUUUGUUCGAAAAUGGUGGUGUCGCAACAAAAACCAGGGUAGCUGAAACGACGAAACCUCCAACAACUAAAGGAGAAGACCUACUUGGCGAGGAGGAAUCUUCCACAUCUACCGUAGUGAAAACUAGCACAGCACCGGCUGCGGCCACAACCACAAAGGGUGAGUCUGGGGGUCUGGACUUAGCUGAAGAUGAAAGAAGCACGACAGAAAAAGCUAGUCAAGCAACUACCAUAGCAACAACAGUCACCGCACGGACGGAUUCAACCACUGGAGGACUGGUUAUUGGAGAGAGUAGCACAAGUACUUCGGCAGCACAGUCAGCAACAACCAAAGCCGCUGGAACAAGUGCUGGAGUUGAUGAAACCACAGAAGAAGACCAAGGAGACACAGAACAAGAGGAUACCACAAUAUUGCCGGAGGGAAACAGUUCUUCAAAGUCAGCCGUUACCUCAAGUUUAAGUGGAACUACAACAACUCCUCAAAGCUCUAGCACCUCAAGUUCUACUCCUGCAGCAGGCAUUUCGACAGAAGGUGAUGACGGCGAGGGGGAAACCGAUGUGGAGGAAGAAAGCACCAGCACCGUCAGUGUAGCAAUCUUGAAUGCAGAACAAUCUAGCACCAAUUCUCAAGUAACCAUGAGUGCUAGUGCAGGAGCAGAAAGCACAACAGAGGCACGCGUUACAUCGAGUUUUGGUGAAGAAGCCACCACUUCUCACCAUUCUAACUACUCAAUCCACUCAACUCAUGCGCAUCAUAGCAAUAGUUCACAUUCCAAUUCUACUUCUGCAGCAGGUAAUUCGACUGACAAUGAGAGUAGUGCUGUCGGUGAGGAGGAAGACGGCGUAGAGGAAGAUAAUAACAGUACCGACGUCAGCGUAGCAUUAGAAUCUGCUUCUACCAGAGAACAAUCAGUAUCAAAUGCAGAGCAAUCCAGUACCAAUGCUCAGGUAACCACAAUAAUUGCUGCAACCACUGGAGCAGCAACAACUGUUGUUGCAGCAGAUGCAGAGACUAAAGCAACAACAGCGGUGGCAUCCACCACCGCCGCUUCAAAUGAUUUUGAUAUUGGUGCUAUAAAAUAAAAUGAAUUGAUGAAAAUA